AUUCUUUUAUGAUGUUUUAUCCGGCUUUUAUUAUUCAUUCAUCCAUGUUGUCCUCGCAAAAUCAUUUUUUUAUUUCAUUACGAAGUUGAAGGAAAACUAAAUGUAUUAGUUGAGUUAUAGGGACCUCCUGUAAUUUUUGUAACAUGGAGAACUCAAAAGUUUCACUUGCUAGUUUUGUUCAGUGUGCUACUGAAUCUGGCUACAGGAUGCAUAAAGUAAAGUUUUUCAUUUAUGUUACCAUUGCGAUUUCACUGUUUCUCUGGUCGCUUUACUCCAGUUCGCUUUACGAUGAUUACCCGAAAGAUGUCCAAAAUGUGGAUAUCGAGGGUACCGUGCCGAAGAUACAUCGUCCAAUGGUCAUCAUCCUGACCUACAUGCGCAGUGGGUCUACUCUUCUGGGAGAGAUAUUCAAACGCCAUCCAAACACAAUCUACCUCUUCGAACCCUUCAGGGUGGAGGAACUGGAGUUCAAAGGUGUUUCUGCUGCUGACAUCACACAUCGUAGAAUGAAGUGGAUAUACAAUUUUUCAGUCUGUAAUUUCAAUGAUGUCCUGACGACAACGAAUGAUCCAAGAAUUGCCAGGAAGAAGCCGAAGUUCUCGCUGGAGAAGAGUUCACUUCCAGUGACCGAAAGUGGGAAUGGGGUCAAAUCUGACGCCUUCGUGAAUAGCACGCAACUGACACAAAAAUGCUUCAACUCCAGCACUCUGCCAGUGAUAAAGAGUAUCCGAAUGAACUUGGUCGACUACUCGGACUUCGUCAGACUCAACGAACAUGUCAAGAUCAUCCACUUGAUUCGGGAUCCACGAGCAGUGGAGUUGUCAAGAAGAGGGAUGCCUCACGGAGCGGCUGAGAAGAUGAAUGCUCUGGGUGCGAACCAAGUCUGUGACAAAUUGUGGAAAGACAUUGUUGAAAGUGAAAAUCUUUACCAAGAAUUGGGACCAAAACGAAUUAUGCGCAUCGCAUAUGAAGAGUUGAUUCUAGAUCAAGAGAACGUGGUUCGAAACUUGCACAAAUUUGCCAACAUUGAGCCUGAUGAAACAACAAUACAAAAGUUUUUCGAUUUGACCCACGCCGACAAAAAAGUUGAGGGCGGCUUUCACCCAAAUGCAGCAAGAAACGCAUCUUUUAAUCUGAUUCGCUGGCAGUACGAGUUACCUGCAAAAGAUGUGAAGGAGUUUGAAAAACGCAAAAGUUGUAAAUCAAUCAUUCAAACUAUCCAAUCUCGAAUUGAUAAAAUCCAGGUUCCAAAAUUGUAACCCUAAAUUUGAAAAAAAAAUAUACUGUUUUAAUGCAAAAACUACUUAACACCGAUCCUUUCUUCCUGUAAAUGUUACUUGUUUUUUGAAUGGAAGAUGAAUUUGUUUUCUGGCUGACU